GCGGCGCCGCGGGAGCGGGCGGGCGGGCGAGCACACAUCCCGCACGUAGCAGGCGUAUUAAUCAGCGCGGGGCCAUCUGCCGCCCCGCUCCUUAAAGCGGGCGGGGGUUGCCGCCCGCCGCCGCUCCCGCACGGCUCCCCAGCAGCGCACGCUGCUCGCACAGCGGCAGCUGCGGCAGCGGUAGCGCGGGGCUCCGUCGGCGCUGCUGUCCCCGCGGUGCCCGGCCGCGGAGCUGAGCGCAGCCCGGGCGGCCGCCGGCGGGAAAGUUUUGUCCCGGCCUGACCCGGCACAGAGCGGCGGCGGAGCCCCCGCGGUGCUCGGCCUGGCGCCGGCGGGUGUCGCCCCCCGAGGCGUCCCCGCCGCGCCAUGCCGCUGGGGCACAUCAUGCGGCUGGACCUGGAGAGGAUCGCCCUGGAGUACGUCGUGCCCUGCCUGCACGACAUCGGCUUCUGCUACCUGGACAACUUCCUGGGGGAGGUGGUGGGGGACUGCGUGCUGGAGCGGGUGAAGCGGAUGCACCGAGACGGGGAGCUGGCCGACGGGCAGCUGGCCGGCCCCAGCCGCGGCGUCGCCAAGCGGCACCUCCGUGGCGACCAGAUCAAGUGGAUCGGGGGCACGGAGGAGGGCUGCGAGGCCAUCAACUUCCUCCUCACGCUGAUAGACCGCCUGGUGAUGUACUGCGGCAGCCGGCUCGGCAAGUACUACGUGAAGGAGCGCUCCAAGGCCAUGGUCGCUUGUUAUCCUGGAAAUGGAACCGGGUACGUUCGUCAUGUGGACAACCCAAAUGGUGACGGGCGCUGCAUCACCUGUAUUUAUUACCUGAAUAAGAACUGGGACUCCAAGCUGCAUGGUGGAAUUCUUCGGAUAUUCCCAGAGGGGAAGUCCUAUGUAGCAGAUGUUGAGCCAAUUUUUGACAGGUUGCUUUUUUUUUGGUCAGAUCGAAGGAACCCACAUGAAGUCCAGCCUUCUUAUGCAACCAGGUAUGCCAUGACUGUGUGGUAUUUUGAUGCUGAAGAAAGAGCAGAAGCCAAAAAGAAGUUCAGGAACUUAACUGAUGCGAGGAAAAGAGAAGCAGCUCUUAAUGAAGAUUAAUCAACUGUUUCUGAACUUUGUGAAGAAAUAAGACCCCAAAGAUGACUUCCAUUUCCAGUGGACCAUGGCAUGUUCUUGUUAUGCACAAGAAUGCACUGGUUGUGUCUCUGUCUAGUCUGUGCAUCUUAUAUUGACGGUACUUAAGGCAGCCUCCUGUCAUGCCCUGCGUCUGGCAGAAGGAACCCUUGUUUUCUGUUUACCUUUUGCUGGAAAAAAUAACCAGGGUAUUAAUUUAAAAAAAAAAAAAAAAGGUAGUGGCUCAGCCAACUGGCUUUUGAUCACUUUGUAAGCAAGAUAACAAUCAUUGGAACUAGUGGGAAAAACCUGAGUCUUAUUUGCACUUUAUAGGAAAAAAAAAUCUAGCUCAAUGGGAAGGAGCUUUACAAGUUUAAAAUCUGUGGCAGACUGCUGAUGGCAAGGAGAGGUAUUGGAAAUGUGAUACUAAAGUGGAUUUUUGUGGAGUGUCAUUUAUGGUAUGUCCUAGCUGAACCUAUUGAUGCUCAUUGCUUUGCUGUGCAGAACAUUGGCUCAGCUCUCCUGUAGCAUGACUUUCCAAACAGACUUUUGUAUUCAGUCAUCGCACUUCCUGGAGUUUGAUCACUUUUCAAAAGUCGUGUCAGAGCUGUGCAGUUGCACUGCCCUUUCUGUCCCAGGCUGGAAGAUGAAGUGCCUAUGCAUCUGUCCACAGCUUUGUAAAACCAUUUCCUUUCUGUUCUGAGCUGGAUUGGUUUUAUGUUGUCUAUUUUCACUGUUUUGUAAAGCAGCUAUUACCUCCCAAAAGUCUGAACUUGGAAGGCUGAUGGCACACAAUGUGUUGGCACUAAAGGCCAACAGUAUGCGGAGUUUGUCAUUUUAAUGAUUUCUCCAUCUACUAUAUCUAGUAUGACACAGAUGUGAAUCUGAAAUGAAAAGAUGUGUCUGGCAGUCUGAGAAACAUGAAUAAUGGUUGACUUAGACUUGAUUUCUAUGCUGCUUAUCCUUAGUUAACACAUUUGUUUAUCUUUGCAUGUGUAUGUAAUUUCAAUGAAACAGUGAUUCAGUUUCAAUUGGUCUUUUAUGCCAGGUAACUAUUUCUGUUAUGCUCAAGCCAUGAGAGAUACAACAGAUUAGAGUUAUUCAAUUGGCAGAGCACUUUGUUUCCUCCAUUAUUUUUCAGAACUUAUUAACUCAGCAGUUACUCAUCGAGUCCAUCUCCUAUCUGCCUAAGCUUCUACAACGAGCACUUACUAUGCAGUUCAGAACAGCUCUUAAUGAAGCUGAGAGCUAGCCGUGGAUGUAUUUAUCACUCACACUAAUUGUUCUCAGCCUAAUAUGCUCACUGAUACACAUGCACUUGCAUUUAUUUGUCUCAGGUUGUCAGUGUACAUCAGGCCCUACUAUUCCAGAUCCCUUCUUUGGUGUCCUCUAUUUUUGUGCCAACUGCCCACAGUGGCAGAGGUGGUCUGCCCAAGCUGCCAGUCCCUGAACCAGUCCACCACACCGUGCUGGUAACGGGCCUGAGUCUGUUGCACCUCAGCUAGGGAAUGAGCAGUAAGCAUGCAAUGGCUGCUAUUAACCUGUACUGACAGAAGGGUAACAGCUACAUAGGACAGAAAAGAAAUAAAUUCCUGGACAUUAACAACAACAACAACAAAAAAGUAACAGAAAUAGAGUAUUUCUUAAGCAGUUCUGUCUUAGAAGAAGCUGGACAUCCUUCAAUCUGUUCUUGAAUUUUGAAUGUAAAUACAGUAGUGCUAAGAAACUCCUCAUCCUCUCUGGCUUCUCCUGGAGAUCCAGCUGUGGUUGUAUGGACUAGACUUCAUUCAGCCUGACCACUGUGCACCUUAAGAGAGGAAUAUGAGGGAACUUGUGACAAACACUCUUAUAACUCAAGACUAGAAAAAGACAAAUAGUUUAAUAAAUGCUCUUUAAUGUUGAAAAGGUAUUCUGCUAUGCUUGCAACUAAAUAACACUUAGACUUGAAGGAAAUUUGACCAUAACUUGAAACUCUCAUUCUGCAAUGUUUGUGUUGUAGAGAAAGUUAGGUCUCUUCCCCAAAAGUGAGAGGUAGCCCUCUGAAAGAUGGUAGGAGUCAAAUUCUCUGACAGGGGCAGUCAGGGAAUUACUAUUCAAAAGGCAGGAGAAAAAAAAAUCCCUGCCUGUUGUAUUACUAUGCAAAAUUAAUAAUGGCACAUAAGUUUUAAGCUCCUGUAUGAUUUUAAAGGGGGCAAAGACAGCUAAAACAGAGCAAAGCAAGUCUUGCUUUGUAUUUAGAAACUUUAAAACAGUGCACUAGAAAGAGAUGUUAACAAAAAUUUCAUUGGAGCCUAGAACAAUGGAAAAAUGAUGGGCCAGAAGGGGAGGGGACUUGUAUAAAGUCUGAGAAAGAAAGGUACUUUGGCUACCACUGUAGCUACCAUCUGUCUUCAGCAGUGGGCAGCAGUGUGUGUGGUGGAUGGAGGAUGGAACAGUAUAGGUGCAUUUAUUGUAAAUAAAUUACGUUUUCAUUAUUAGCCUAUGUCUUCCUGGCCUAGAUAGAGGAGAGAAAGUAAUUAUCCCAUGGCAGAGAGCAUUGCCUCUAUAUUUAACAUGUAUAAUGACACAGAAAAAGUUGAGGGCACAGGGCUCUGAAACCAGUUCCUGUCCUCCAUUCCAGACCUCUGCCCCAUUUCCAGAUCAGUAGCAUGAUGUCCAUGAAAACGCUUAACUGGGUGGUGGUGGUGGUAGGGAGUUGGUCAUGUAGGAAUCCAGUUGUGAUGUUUUUUAGGUAGAUUUCUCUUACCUGUCUCUGAAAUUGUUGCAAACUGCUCUGCAAGAAUGUAAUUGCCUGGAGAAUCGUGGGGGCAGCAGCAGCGUGCUGUGGUACAGAGGGCAUUUCAAGGAGGCUCUUUCCUUUGGGUUUUGUCUUCAUGGUGAGGUGGCUGAAACAUCUGUGGUUAAACAGCACUUGUCAUCCAGUUGUGAAAGAGUAUUUUCCUCUAAGGCAUUUAAUUUCUAGUCCUUUGAGUAAUGUGCCUUCAACAUUCCUAUCUUGUAAGAUGUUACAUGUCAUGUCCAUGACAUUUGAAUUUCUCGUGGCUCUUUAAGAACUAUGGUUGCCUUUCCAAAUGCAUUCAAACUAAGGAGCUGUGGAAAAUACAUGAAGCCACCAAGCCACAAUUUCCAACAGGUGGGGUUUGUUGUGCAGUGAGGAAAAAGGCCAGGAGACAGUACUUAAAAUCAAGAGACUAUUUGUAUUAAACCUAUAACCAAACUUGCUGGCCUUUUGGGCACGGUAGCCUCUAAUCUCGUUUUCUCUAGAUUACUUAUGGUUCUGUGAUGAAUGGCCUCAACAAAGUAGUUUUUAAAAAAGAUUCACUCUGUUUUCUGCCCUAUCUCUCUUUAAACAGUUCUAGUCCUUUACUAUUGAGUUUUUUUAAAAUUGUUGGAAUAUUAUAUAUAAUAUAUAUAUUUGUUGUUGCAAAAUAGCUGGCUCUAACACCACUUGCAUCUAGAAGAAAAUGUAUCUAUUUGCAGGCAAAUAACUAGUUUUAUUUUGACUGUGAUGUACUCCCAGCAGAUAUCUGAGAGUGAGUUAUAACUACAUCUUCUCUUGUCAGGUUGUAUGCUGGUCAACAAUGCUGGCACUUUGCAUUGGAUUGAUAUGGAAACCUGUAGUAGUAUUUUAUCAUGCAUCACAUUUUGUGUUCCUGUUACUCUUUUUAAAAAAAAAAAAAAGGUGGCAGGAGUCAAUAAACACUGGGUUGUGUUAAAUGU